AUGCAAAGGGCAUGUGGUUUGUUGCUUAGCUUCGAGACAGCCUUAGCCUUAAACCUUAUCAAGUUAACUAUUAAUGUCACAGAAAAUCAACAACCGGAAGUUCAAGAAGAAAACAAACUGAAACAAUUACUAGACAAAUACAAUGAAAGAUAUCAUGGAGUUGAAGACUGUCAAGUUCAUCUUCAUAUCAAUGAAACUGUUACACCUAGUGGCCAACCACACCGAAGAAUCCCGUUUCAUCUUCGAAAGGGACUUGAACAAGAAUUAAUACGAUUAGAACAUGAAGCCAUAAUAGAAAACGUACAUGGUCCAACCCCAUGGGUGUCUCCACUAGUUGUGGUACCCAAACCAAAAAAUCCAGAAAAGGUGCCCCUCUGUGUUGACAUGCGCGUUGCCAACAAAGCGAUAGAGAGAGAACGACACAUCACACCCACUAUCGAUGACCUUAUUAAAGACUUAAAUGUAGCAACUGUUUUCUCCAAGCUUGAUCUAAACCAAGGCUAUCACCAGCUAGAACUUGCACCUGAAUCACG